AUGGCGAACAUUACUGGAGAUGGAAACUUCACAAGCAAACUGAACCAAGUACUCAGCUCACCACCAGCGGACAUAAUUGAGUUUUUCUCAACUUUGAACAUUUUUCUGUCCGUCACCCCAUCUCUUGGCAAUGUUCUGCUCCUUGUUGCUCUUCAUAGAGUCACUUCCAUUUAUCCCCCGAACAAACUUUUCUUUCGAUGUCUGACGAUCACUGAUCUUGGAGUUGGCAUUCUUGUGCAACCACUCUAUGUAACUGACAUGUUGGCUACUUUCAAAAAUAUGAAUGUGAACGCUCGGCGUUCUAUAUCCGAUGCAAGAUGUGUUUCAAGUUUGAUUCUCUGUGGAGUAUCCCUCUUGACGUCGGCUGCAAUUAGUGUGGACAGACUCCUCGCCGUGUUGUUAGGACUGAGAUACAGACAUGUCGUAACUUUAAGGCGAGUUCGUGUAGUUAUCAUUUGUGUUUGGUUAGUUGGUGUUUUCCUUGGGUCAAUGAUCAUGUUCAGAGGCGCUAUCGCCCUCAAAGCAGCCUCUGCUCUCGUGCCACUUUUGCUGGUAAUUUCUAUUUACUGUUACACAAGAAUCUUCCACAAACUACGACAUCAAGAAGCCCAAGUACGAGACCACAUCCCUCAACACCAAGCGAACGGAGGAGGGAAUUCACUGAACAUAGCAAGAUACAAAAAUUCCGUUUCAUGUGUUUCGUGGGUGCAGUUGGCAUUAGUUGCCUGCUAUGCCCCUUGGAGCAUUGUCUGUGUGCUCCCUGUCAGCGGAAUGGAAAAUCGUGUGGCACGGCUCGUUGCAGAGACUCUGGUCUACUUUAACUCAUCUCUGAACCCGAUCCUGUAUUGUUGGAAGAUCAGAGCAGUGAGACAAGCAGUGAAAGACGCAAGAAGACAGCUUAACUGUUUAAAUUUUUUUAAAUAA